CUUUCAAUUAUAAACAAAUGACUUUACUGCCAAACCCCGCAGAACAAGCUUACCUCGAUCUCUGUCAACAAAUCAUUAAUGAUGGUGAAAACAGACCGGAUAGAACGGGGACAGGGACCAGAUCUCUUUUUGCACCAACCCAACUCAGAUUUGAUCUUUCUAAUGAUUCAUUCCCACUUUUGACAACUAAGAAAGUGUUUUCCAAGGCCAUUAUUCAUGAGCUUUUGUGGUUUGUAGCAGGCUGCACCGAUGCCAAGAAACUUGCAGAAGUUGGCGUAAAGAUAUGGGAGGGUAAUGGAAGUAGAGAAUACUUGGAUUCAUUGGGACUUACCCACCGUAGAGAAGGUGAUUUGGGUCCAGUUUAUGGGUUCCAGUGGAGACAUUUUGGUGCUGAGUACAAAGAUUGUGACGCCGACUACCUGGGCCAAGGAUAUGACCAACUUCAAGAUAUCAUUAAUAAACUUAAAACAAACCCAUACGAUAGAAGAAUCAUUAUGUCUGCAUGGAAUCCACCAGAUUUUGCAAAGAUGGCACUCCCACCAUGUCACGUAUUCUGUCAAUUUUAUGUUAAUUUCCCAGAAGGCGGUCGUCCUAAAUUGUCAUGUUUGCUCUACCAACGUUCAUGUGAUAUGGGUUUAGGAGUUCCAUUUAAUAUUGCGUCAUAUGCCUUGCUUACAAGGAUGAUAGCUCAUGUAGUGGAUAUGGAUUGUGGAGAAUUCAUCCAUACCUUGGGUGAUGCCCAUGUAUACUUGGAUCAUAUAGAUGCCUUGAAAGAACAAAUUACCAGAGUACCUCGUGACUUCCCAAAAUUGACAAUCAAGAAAGAAAGAUUGGAAAAGAUUAAGAACAUCGAUGACUUUAAAUUUGAAGACUUUGAAAUUUCCGAUUACAAUCCUUACCCUCCAAUUAAGAUGAAGAUGAGUGUAUAGUAAACUAUAAAACAAAAUAUGUAUAGAUAUAUAUAUAUAUUUAUGAAAUUAAGAAGAAUAGUUUUAUUAGUAAUGAAAUAUUC